AUUGUCAAACAUGGCGUCGUCACCUCGGACAGAUGAUCACAUCGUUAAUGGCGAGGUAUCAGGGUCAACUAGAUCUAGGGAGUGGAUCAGAUUAAAUGUUGGGGGAACACACUUUCUUACCACGAGAACCACACUAUGCAGGGACCCCAACUCCUUCCUGUGUCGACUGGUACAAGACGACCCCGAGCUCAACACGGACAAGGAUGAAACUGGUGCCUACUUAAUUGACAGAGAUCCUACAUAUUUUGGUCCGGUGCUAAAUUACUUACGACAUGGGAAAUUAGUAAUGAAUAAGGAUUUAGCAGAAGAAGGUAUUUUAGAAGAAGCAGAGUUCUAUAACAUCACAGAAUUAAUUAGGUUAGUGAAAGAACGUAUCAGCCAAAGAGAUAACCGGCCACCAAAGGCAGGCAAGAAACACAUGUACAGAGUUCUCCAGUGUCACGAAAAUGAAUUGACUCAGCUUGUAUCAACAAUGUCUGAUGGCUGGAAGUUUGAGCAGUUGAUCAACAUUGGGUCUCAGUACUCCUACGGAAGUGAAGACCACACAGAAUUCUUGUGUGUAGUGUCACGGGAAUACUCAUCAUCCCCAGGUUCUCAUCAGUGUUCGACUGAUCGUCCUGACCACCUUGAUCUACACAACUCUAAGGACUCUGAGCUGGAGAAUGGAGAGGCAGCCCCGAGGGGGUUCCAUUAGGAAUUUUCUAUGCAAGGGAAAAGUGCUUUCCCUGAGUAACAAUGAUACAUUACUGUACAGUACUGUCUGUGUAUUGAUUAACAAAGGGUAAUUUUGUAGAAAUGGCUUGACAGUUUCCUUUAGUACUUUCCACUUCUGUCAUCUUCCUAGUAGCAGUGGUAAUCCACCUAUCAAGUUAUCAAGUAUAUUACAUUACCAAACAUUGCAGGUUUUCUCCAGGUACUCUGGUUUCCUCCUGUACUGACACUAGACAAGAAAGGUUAUAUAUAACAAAGCAGCAAAGAACAGACCAUCCUCCAAACAGCUAGUAAUCUUCUGUGAUGAAAUUAUAAAAAAAAAAAAAGCUCCUCAUUAUGUUGUAUAGUUAGUUGAUAAUCUCUACAGUACAGAAGUUAUAAAUACGUACUGUACUGUAGCUGAGUGUCUGGGCUUUCCAAAUAUUACAGUACUGUACUGUACAGGUAUGUGAAAAUUUGGUGUAUCAUUCUUUUACAAAGUUGAAUACAAAUACAGUAUGUGUGUAAAUUGUCAUAACAGCUGUAUGCAUUGAGUAUAGUGUGCAUGUUCAUGAAUAGUCUUAGGAAAGUUGUAAGCAUUAAGUAAGUAGCUUCAGAGAAAAAUAAUUGGGUAGCAAACACAUAUCAAGAAUAUUACACCACAACUCCAUUUUCCCUUGGAGGUACAGUACAGUAAUCAAAGGAAAAAUAGUUUUGUAAUCGAUCCCAACAUUACAGAUUUGGUACUGUAUAGUGUUAUGACAUAUUUUUUGGCAAAAAUAAAAUGUGUCAUGUACAACCACUUUUUAAUGUACUGUAUAAUUUAAAAUUCUGUAAAAGCUUCAACUUAAAGUACUGUAUCAAACAUUUCCUCAUGUAGCAGAUGGUGUCACUCAAGUAAGGGAUAUGAGAUGAAUAUGAUAUAGUAUUGAUUUUCUAGGUCAGUAGUAUUAGAUUGUACUGUAAUGAGCCCCAUAAUAAUUUAUGAGGUAUGAACUACGAAAUUGCUUAACUGAUUAACUUAAGUAUACUGUACUUGUUGUUAUUUACUCAGACUUAUGUCCUUUUUACUUUUACUUUUAUACUCUUCGUCACUGAUCGACUCAUUAGCUUUGUUCAUGAUUAGGAUGAUGUAUGCCUGAGGCCUAGCUUGUAAAAAAAAUGCACACUUAAUUUUGGCAAGUUUUAUGGUAUAAUGAUAAUAAUGAUGAUGAUGAUGAUGAUGAUGAUGAUGAUGAAUGCAGCCAUGUAAUAAAUGUAGUAGUUUAGAUUAUGAAAUAGAUAUUGGCAAUAGAAAGUAAUAAAUACUUUCUGUUCAGGAUAAUACAGGUUUCCCUCGCUGUACGAAGGGAUUUAGAUCCUGAAAACCAUUCGUAAUGUGAAUUUUUGAAUAGCAGAUAAAAGAACAUGUAGGGAAAAAGGGUUUGGUUCUCAAUGACAAGAAAACCCCUAGAUCAUACCCCAAAAACAUGAAAUCAGUUCCCCCAAAACAUAAAAAUCUAUACGUAUAACUAAUGAUAAGUAGUGCUACCUAACACAUUAAAAACAUAAAAAUAUACAGCUAAAACCAUUAACGUAAAGCUGAAUCAAAGUUUAACACAGCCGCCAUUUACAUAUAUGCUGGCUGUAUCAUGCGUGCCUGGCGCUCAUCCUCCCAACCCUAAGCAACACUCCCCCUCCUGCUCACACACAUAAAGAAAUGUUUAUUCCCUUAAAGGUUUUUACCUUAUGGUAGUUAUUUCUUUUACUUACUUUUUUUUUGCACAUUAUGUAUGUACUGUAGAAUUGUGUGUGCAUGUAACUGAGAAAAAAAAAGUGAAGAAAGUUCAGUUUAUCUAUCCAAAAUUAUGAGUUGAUAAAUAAUCAUAACAUAACUCCUCUAGCUUAUCCUGCUAACUCUUGCUGGUGUAUGAAAUUUUUUAAUCCUUUUACGUAUGUUUAUGACUUUAUGAUAAAUAUUUUUGGUUUUUGUUUUCCACAUUUUGUAUGUAGGAUUGUGUGUGCAUGUAACCAAAAAAAUCUGAAGAAAGUUAUGUUUAUAUUCUAUACCAGAAAUAACUAGUUGAAAAAUAACCAUAACUCCUACCUGAACCUGGUAGAGAGUGUUAGGGGUACGGUAUGUGUCCGCCCCAGCUGACUCCCGAGGGCUCACAAUUGGAAUUUUUACUGGGAUCCAAACUCGUAUAAGUUGGGGAAGCUUUCAUAACAUAAAAGAGGUGGUAAAUUAGGACAAUUUUAGAAGUAAAUUUUUGUAUCUCAAAUGUUCGUAUAAAGAGGGAUACCUGUAUGUUGUGAUUAAGAGGGAAGAGGAGCAGGAAACUUAUUAUGGUUGCUUAUAUUUGUCUAUUCAGAAUUCUUUUUUUUUCAUUUUGGGAAUUUAAUGGUUAUAAUUUAUAUGUUACUGAGUUCUAUAGUAUACAAAACACAAGGAAGAUAUUUUGAAAGGUUUUUAAAAGAAACAAUGUGAACAGAGCGCUAAAGUUAUUAAUUCACUGAAAAAUCUUUACAUUAAACUUUCCAGUAAUACCUCUUAGACUUAAACGUAUUACAGACAACAACAACCAAAAUUAUUAGAGUACAGUACAGUAAACUCUAUUGAUAACUCGUGGCAUUUGGUAACUCGGAAUUUCAUAUAACUCGGCAUGGAUAUGGUCUCGGAAUGCAUUAGUAUAACUCAGGAAAUGCCAAGAUAUAUAAAAUCUGGGAAAAUCUCGGCAUAUCUGGCCACCUGCAUCACCUACCAUGCCUGUGUCACCUACCAUGCCUCUGUGUCACCUACCAUGCCUCUGU